AUGGGGCACAUCAUCAUGUCGACAGCCACCAACCAAGGCCCGUUACUGAACCGUGUGAGCAUGGCACAGUACACCAUUGCAGUAAUCUUCGUGUUACUUCGGUUCUUUGUGCGAGGCUUCGUCGUGAAGAAAUUUGGGUUGGAUGAUCUCUUCAUCCUCAUCGCUAUUACUCUCGGUCUGGGCCAGACAGCCACCAUCAUUCUCCAAGUCGAGCACGGCAGGGGCCGACAUACAUCCGAGCUGCGCGAAGAGGACUUCGACCUCAUGCUAAUGUACAAAUGGAUCAACAUGUUGAUCUACUUUGUAGCGAACUGGGCAGUGAAGAUGUCCAUCCUCGCGCUCUACCACCGCAUCGGCUCCGGCAAGCGCGGGCUACCGCUGAUCGUGCAAUCGCGCGCCAUCUGGGUCACAGCAGGAGCCAUCUCGGCCUUCACGCUCGCCGUGAUCCUCGUCCAGAUCUUCUCCUGCCUGCCCGUGACGGCCGCGUGGGACGUUGAGCAGAUCCCCAUCAUGUGCAUCGACGGCGCGAUGUUCAUGCAAGCGCAGGGCGGCAUCAACGUCUUCACCGACGUGGUGCUGCUGGUGUAUCCGCUGCCGCUGCUGCGGGUGCUGAAGUUCAACCGGCGGCAGAGAACGGCGCUGGGGGUCAUAUUCUCCAUCGGGCUAAUCCCCGUGGUCGCGAGCACCAUGCGGCUGUGCGAGAUCGUCAUGAGCGGCAACGUGGUGCAGACGGGCAGGGGCUGGCAGCAAGCAGAUUCGAGCUGGACAUGGGCCUGGAUCCCCGUCUGGUCGCAGAUCGAAGUCGACGUCGGCGUCCUCACCGCGUGCCUGCCCUGUCUAUCUCCCUUGCUGCGGCUCUUCUUCCCUGCGACGCGGGCGCAGCGCAACAUGACGCCGAGCAUGGUGACACUGCCCAAGUACAGCGCGAGCUGG